CAGCUCUUCCUUCCCUCAGUCCUGUGCUGGGACACCUGGCAGGAGCCCUUAGUGUACUGCCCAGCUUCCCUGGGCUUGCUGCGGCCUUGUCCUUGCACACUGUUUACAGGGCUGAGGGCUCUCUUGCCAUAGAUUCUGUGCAUAGAUUGAGUUGGCUUUUGUUUUGUUUUGGUACCGGGGAUGGAACUCGGGACCUUGUGCUUUCGGGCCAGACGGCAGAACCACUGAGCUAAAUCCCUGGCCCACUUUUUUUUUUUGAGACAGAAUCCAGGCCGGCCUCAGACUUGCUUCAGUCAUCCUGCCUCAGCUUCCCAAAUGCUAGGAUUUCAAGUCUGCACCACCAUGUCUGGCAAGCCCACACUUUUUAAAAAUAUUCUUUGGUGGAAGGGAAACCUUAGGAACCCAUAAUGUAUUGAAGAUCUGUAGGGCAAAAUAUAUGAAGUUAAAGAAACUUGAAUGGACUUUUGGCGCCCAUGUUGAUGUGUAUGGAGUCAGGCUAUCCAAGAGCUUCAUCUGGGAGUGCCAGUCCCUAAAUGGACUUCAGCUGAGGUCCUGCACAAGAAUCCCCAGGAGCACAGUGGAGGCCGGAGAUUCCAGGGCGGUGUGGUUUGGAGGCUGUGCUCAGAACACAAACACUUCGUGUGAAGAGUGCCUGAAGAACGUCUCUUGUCUGUGGUGCAACACUAACAAGGCAUGCUUGGACUACCCGGUUAGGAAGAUCUUGCCACCUGCUUCUCUCUGCAAGCUGAGUUCCGCACGCUGGGGGAUUUGCUGGGUGAACUUCGAGGCGCUGAUCAUCACCAUGUCCGUGCUGGGCGGCUCCAUCAUCCUGGGCAUUGCUGUGGCCUGCUGCUGCUGCUGCUGCAGGAGAAAGAGGAGCCGGAAGCCGGAUAAGAGCGAUGAGCGGGCCAUGAGGGAGCAGGAGGAGAGGAGAGUCCGGCAGGAGGAGAGAAGAGCAGAAAUGAAGUCGAGACAUGAUGAAAUCAGAAGAAAAUAUGGUUUGUUUAAAGAGAAAAACCCAUAUGAGAAGUUUCAAAACAACUAGUUCAUUCUUCAGACAGAUCAGGCAGCCCCGGAGCUUCCUGCAGAGACACCUCGCAUGCUGGCUGGCCCUGGCCUGGACGAGUGACCGGCCAGCCGGAGCCGCCCAGGACAAUCCCCUCUUCCUGCAAGCCCACAGCCUUCCGCUCCCUGCCAUCCCUGCCAUCCCUGCCAUCCGCUUGGUCCUUAGUCACGUGAGGCCUGGUCUCACUGGGGUCCACCAGGCCGGCCGGGGUGGUCACAGUGUCCUCCUUGCAGGCCGGUUCCAAGCUGAGCCUGGUGCGCCGAGUGAGCACUGUCCACUUCCUGUCCCUCUGCCUGCAGUGUGCUCAGCGCAGCUUGGAGGACAGGGCGCUGUGGCUGCGUGGGGAACUGGCUGACUACGGCUUCUCCCUCACCACAGUGUCCCUGCGCCCCAGUGCGGUGAUGCGGGCUUACCUUAGCGCCCAACCCAAGGACACUGCGUAGCACGGAAGAGCAGUUAAAGUCACCUGAAACAUUUGCAGAGAGGACUUCUCCGAAGAACAUUUUUUAUGUAAAGUUCAGGCUCCUUUGGGAGGCCUUUUGUAUUCGUAUCUUAGUAGACCACGAGAACCUAUUUCCCCCCAGAAACUUGGAUUGUAGAUUGGGUCAAACCACCCCACCGGCCCACAUGGGCCCGCCCAGCAGUGUGGUGGAAGUGCUGACCCCGGGUCUCUGCACCCCACCUGCCGCUCUCUGGGAUCCUGGGGGACGGCAGGUCUGCCCCGAGGAAGAAGGGCCAGGCCUUGCAUGCCGCAGGGAGCAGGCCUGUCCCCACAGACCCCACUUCCGGCCGAGCCUGGGUUCCCCAGCAGGACUCAAGCACCAGGACCCCGGCUCCGUGCGUUUCCUGGAGAUGAGCAGUGGCGGGCAGCCGUGUGCUGUGGGAAGUUGGAAGUCUGGGGCAGGGUACUCCCUGGGAAGCGGGUGGGAACCCCUUCCUGCCCUCCCCAGCCUCCCCUUCUUCCACUUGCUGGGCGCUUGGCAGCGAUUGGAAGCCUUACAGAACACUCCUGAGGAUUUUGUAAUAGUCAAAACUUUGCCUUCUCUUGACUCACGGAGGACCUUUCUGAUGGACUGAUGAACUUAGGGUUAGCACAGUAGCACUAUGUAAGUCACACCCUGCCUAAUUCAGGUUGCCGAGCUCCCUCCUUAAAUACAGUGCGUGUAAUUCUGAGCAGCCUGCCCCUCCCGGUCCGCCCGGCUAGGAGACCAGCAACCCCACAGUGCCUUACUUUGUAGUCUGGUUCCAAUAAAAGGACAUAUGCCAUCUUC